AUGAGUGCUCCGACUAAGCGCAAGCUCAAGGUUCUCGAUCAAGAAGAGCAUGGGGAUUCCUCGCCUGCCAAAUACCAGCGCCUCUUCGAAGCUUCUGAUAACGAGGACAAGACCAGUGACGUCGCCCUUGACGCAGUCACAAUUCUCCGAGGACAACUGGAUACCGAGAGGGCCCGAUACCAAGCUCUUCUUCAGAAGCACGAAGGCGAAAUCAACCAGCGUCAAGCCCGCAACAACAUCCUGGUCGACACGAUCGAGCGGUUGCAGAAGGAGGCCAGCGAGGCGAAGCUCGAACUGGCAGCUGCCAAUGAGCAAAUCGAAAAUGACGAGAAGCGUAUCGCCGAAGCUGAAAGGGAGAUCGAACGCUGCAUCAAGAAGUCCAACAAGUACUGCUCGUCGGCUUACGCCGCCCUCGAUGACGCUGAAAGUUGCCGCGAAGACCUCUUGUGGAAAAUGUGGGCUAUCCAGAGUUUGGCCGCAAUGGGAUUGAAGCUCUGCCUGCAGGAUCAUGCGCUUGACCAUCUUCAGGACCGUGCGCGGCGCGAAGUGCACUUCUCGCUGAGGAUGAUCACGAUUUUCACCAAGGAAGCCAUUCAAAAGUACCCUGACUCUCCGCUGGAGAUGGACGGGACUUCUGACUCUUCCUCAGGGCACGGCAAUGAGGCUUCGAUGGGGGGUGAAGCCGAUGAGGCUCCCUCAGGCUCGAAGGAUAAUGAAUCCAAUGAGGUGACCUCAGCGCCCGUCGCAUCUGCCCAACCGAAUACUAUGAGCAUCAGUCCCAUGGGUCAGCUGCUAGAGCGGUAUUCGGAUAUGGUGGAGAAUAUAACCACCGCUUGGCUGGCCGUAAACUCCCGGAUCUGGCGUCGCCUGAAUGGUACUGAGGAUGGUCGGCUGUUCCUCGAGAGCCUCAAUGGCAUCCAGCCGCUGUACCACUUCCUCUCGGACGAGAACGGAGAGCCUGUGAAGGAUUCGGCUCCUCAGCACCACGAGAUGCUCAGCGACUUCGAGUUCUCCCUGAUGUGUCGAGUACAUCGACUUGACGGUGCCAGCGGGCAAGACCAUCCAGACCUCAAGGCUUUCCUCGACCUGCGGGCCAACGACGGUCCGUCCAGUCUGCCCUGGUGCGAGUAUCAGACGUGGUCCGUUUUCCUACAUGAUCUUGAUCGCUUGGCUUGGGCCCUCUUGGAGGAAGCUGAGAGCGAUUUGCCUGUGGCCGAUGACUCGGACAGUGGUGAGAGCCAGGGCGACGACGGCAUCCAGGGCGACGAGGAAGAGACCGAUGGCGAAGUUGCCGAAGGGGCUGGUGGAGAAGAUGCCGAGACUGAGAGAGCAGCGUUUACCUCCAGUUCGCCUCGACAGCGUCUCUCUGCCGACGUCGCGCUCUUGAGGUUCCGCUCUGCGUCGCCGCGUGCCGCCGAUCAGCAAAACAAGCGCCUUCCCUCCUUCUUUCGACUUCGUAUUCUCUCGCAAGCCGUCGAUUCCGCCUCUCCUGCAAAGCGCAAGGCGACCCCCGAUGCUAUCGACGAUGUUGACACCAAGCCUACGAAGCGCCAGCUGCGCGCGGCCAGCAGUGCCUCCUCGUCAGUGGGAACCGCAUCCAACUCAACCACUCUAGUCGACCCCAAAGCCGACCUCGAGCUCGACAAGACGACUUCCGAGGACGAGAAGGGCGACGCGACCCGCGAGACUCCCACCGAGGCCACCGAGGAGAACUCCAACUCUGAGCACAAGGCCGAUCGUUGGGCUGCCAUAAUGCGCAAGUAUAACCUUUCCGAUCGUUCGCCCACUUCAGGAGGAGAGCAGGCGAACACUCUCCGCCUUCAACUCAAUACCGAGAUGGCCAAUGCGAACCGCUACCGCGUCCUCUUUGAGGAGUACAAGGAGACGUCCCGCCACUACAAGGAGAAGGCCAGCAAGCUCAAGCUCGAGAUCGCCGAGGCCAAGGACCAGCUCAAGCGUGCUCACGAGCGUGCUUCUGCGGCAGAGCUCCGUGCCACCAACUCUCACCAGAUGGCGAUGGAGGCGGACGACCGAGCUGCCGAAGCCGAGGAGAACGCAGCCUGCGCUGAAGCCGAGCUGGAGCAUGCUCAGUGCGAGGCAGAGGACCGCAUCGCGGAGGUGGAGGAGCUUCUUGCGGAAGCCAAGAAGGCCGCUGCCGAGGCCGAGGCACACAGCGGAGACGCCAAGGUCGCCGCUCGUGCAGCCGAUAAGCGCCGUUCCGAAGCCGAACAAGCGCUCUCCACCGCGAACGAGGAGGCUGAGCUCCGCAUGGCCGAGCUGACUGAACGUCUUUCGGAGAGCGAGGCUGUCGCUGCUGCAGCGAAGGCGCGUCUCAAGGCGGCCGAAUCCUACAUCCACGGCACUAAGCAGCUGUUCGAUGGCAUCGGCCUCAAGCAUGGCGAGCUCUACAAGAAGUACACUGAAGAAGAUCCUGAGCUUGAACCCCUUGCUGCAGGAGUCACUGUAUCCCAAGCGGGUCUCAGCACUGCUGACAGGCUGAUCUACUUGCGUGGCCUGCACCACGAGGUCGAGGAGUUCAUUGGCUCUGUAUACCACCAGCUCCGCGAGACCCUUGACUGCUCGUAUUCCAAUGACGACGAGCAGUAUCUGUUCCCGGACGCGUAUCUCGAAAAUGACUCCGACACUGAGGAUUCGGACAACGAGAUGACCGACACGUCGAACAGCGACGCCGAGUCUGAGAUUGGCUCGGGCUCGGAAGACGGCACCCAGGGCUCUGAUACCGACCAAUCCGACCACGAGGAUGGGGACGAUAUUGACGAAGAGGAGGACGAAGAGCUGGAAGAAGACGCGAAGGACUUUGUCGGCACUGAGGAGCAGGCUGAAGCUGGUCUCCCAGCGGACGCUGACCCCGAUAACGCCGAGGACCAGGGGCCCGGCAACGGAGGAGCGCUUGCGAAGAAGGAGCCUUGUGAGGAGUACUCUGAGCAGGAGGAGUCGUGGCUGAAGCGCAUGGAGGAGCUGGUCGGUCUUCGCGGGCUUCACCUUGGUGAUCUCCUGCUGAUUGACCGCGUCUACCGUGAGAUCCCCUCGUCUGAAGAGAUGGACUACCUCGAGGCACACCUGAGGGCUCUCGAUCGCCAGGCGAAGGACCUCUGGGAUGAGGUGAAACACGAAUGUGCCGACAUCAUCCGCGCGCGUGAGGAACGCAAGGCUCGAGAGCGUCGCGAGCGCAAGGAAAGGAAGCGCCAGGAACGCCGCAUGCGUCAGGCGAGCCAGGCCGUGUAA